UCCCUUCAGUGUGUUGCCAGCUACUGAAGUGUUUGCACGGCCCUCAAAUGCGCUGCGUCCCUCGGCCACUGACUGUUCUUGGGUUCUCGUAACACUCCCAAAUCCCUGAGGUCCCAUAGCUGGCCCUACCAAGCUCCCAUUCACUUAAAGGGUGGAGAAAAGACCUGAUUUUGUAGUGUGGCUCGUAAAAAGGGAGGUUUGAGAGGAGAGAUAUAAAGUUUAAUUCUCAAUCAAGAGCUUUUUUGUUUCGCCAAGAAGGAAGAGAUAGACAGUGUGCCAAAGAAAGACAGAGACAGAGAGAGAGAGAGUGAGAGAGACAGAGGUGCGGUACGGAACAGGACGCAAUGUAAACACAAGCAUACCUCGCCCCUCACAACACCAUGGCCACUGCCCUCUUCUCCCUCCCCGCCCACCCAAUCCCUGCGGCGCCCACCCAUGCCGAGGAACCCGCCCAUGACGACCCUCCGGACCACCAUGAUGCCGCCCACACCACCCGCGAGGAGAGCGUGGGCGGGGGCGUGGAUCUGGGAACGCUUACAGGAAGGAGGAUCACUCUUAAACCUAGACGGACGCUUUCUCUCUCACCAACGCCAGCUCGCACGGGUGACAACAACUCUAUGGGCCGUAACCUGAGGGCUGCCCGCUGGCUGGACUUCACAGACAAGGACGACGAUGACGGUCUCUACCAGCCCUGCUCAGACUCAGACUCCGAGGCCACCAAGAAGAAGGAGGAGAGCAACCAAGAGAACAACAACAACAACACAACCAGCAACAACAACAACAGCAACAGCAGUACCAGUAACAACAAGAUUAGAACACAUAAGCGGACAGGAAGCGGUGGAGGAGGCGUCAGCGGUGGAGGCGGUGGCGGGAGCGGUAGUGGAGGGCUUCUUACUGCCGCCGCCGCUGCUGCUGGGGCGGCUGUCGGGGCGAGCUUGUCUUCGUCGGUGCCCAGAAGAACGUCAGUGUCAGUGAAGAGGCCUUUAGAUAUCGUACUGCCCUGCCAAGAGAUACAGUACCUCGAUAUUUGCUACCAGAAGGUUGGCACUGUUAUGGUUCAAUACAGCCCAAUCCCUCGUAAGAAGAUCGCUUACCAGCACGUGCCAUACAUCUCCAUCCCUUACUGCGAGGUGCCCUACUGGAGUAGCUCGGAAAGGCCCAUCAAGCGAAAACCACUUCAGCGUUCUCACUCCAUCGCUGUCGCCGACUUGAGAGAGCCUGAGGACUGCGAGUGGUCGUCUUACAAGCUUAGUUUCAGGUGAAGGAGAGAGUGAGUCGCCUUGUGAUCGCACCUGCUGAGACUUACCUUGAGGACGCAAGACUCUCAAGCAGGGACUUAUUCAAGGAGAAAAUAUGGAGAAAAACUGAAAAAAAAAGUGAAGGCAAAAAUUAAAUGAUGUCUUGGUAUUCGGCUGAGAGGAAGAAGAGAAAGAGGAGGGAGGAAGAGAAGAUGAAGAAGAGCAUAGAGUCAAAAGUGGAUGGAUUAAUGAAUGUGUUUUCUCCACCCCAGCUUCUACUCACGGACUAGUGGAGGCUGAGGCAUGUGGAGGUAAUGUGGAGUGAUACAAAGAAGAAAUUUAUCCAAGCGACAAGGUGGAACACACGUACACACAUACAAAUACGUGCACAGUGAAGCCUGGAUUGGAAUGCAUCUGACUUGUGAUGCCUGGAAGCUCAAAGAGGUGCUGGAAGACUGGAAGUAGUAUUGUAGGUGUGCUGGAAGACUGAAAGAAUAUUGAAAUUGCUUUGGAAAGAAUGAAGUUGUAUGAGGUUGUACUGGAAGCGUGGGAGUAUGAUAUGGGUUGUACUGGAAGACUGGAAGAGUAUUUUAGAUUGUAUUGGAAAGAAUGGAUGGAAAGUUACAUUAGUUGUACUGGAAACCUGGAAGAGUAUCAGGUUGUACUGGAAGAGUGUUAGUGUGCCCCUGAAAAUUUGAAACGUGUUAUGGCUUUUACUGAAAGCUUAGUAAAAUGUUUAGGUGCACUGGAACAUUGGAAGAGUAAUAUUGGAUGCACGGAAAGGUUUGAAGUGUAUCAUGAAGUGCACUGGAAUGUUGCAAGAGUGUGACUGGGUACUUUGGAGCGUCUAGAAGAUAUGCUAGAAUGACUGGAAGGGUGCUACGUUGAGUUUAGCUUUACAAAAUGCAGGAAGGAGACCCAGAUGAUAUUAAGCCGUUUAUUUAUUGAUGUGGUUGUGUGUUGGAGAAUCCUUAGACUGGAAAUGACUGUGGAAAAGUGAGAAAGAGCUCUGAACAUUACUGGAAAAGGGCUUCUUGAAAAUGGUGCUGGAAAAGUCUUCAUAGAGCUUUGAAAAUUAUUGCAAAAGUGUGUGCUACAGGGCUCUGAAGAUGACUGGAAAAAUGACAAUACAGUGUUUUUGAAGUUACUGGAAAAAAUACAAAGAUUUGAAGUGUGUGGAGCAUUGAAGGUGUGGCUCUGGGGAUAAUGGAACAUUGAUGGAUUGAGUGGAUAAGUGGAUGCAAAGUUCAAGAAAGGUCUGCCGAAUACAAGAGCAUCACGUUUAAUUUUUUUUUAUUAUAUGAAUGACGUAAAAAGUUCAGGUGAUUGUUGAUGGAAAUAAUUGAUGAGAAAUUUAUGCCUUGGUGAGUGAGUGAGUGAGUGAGUGUAUGGUGCUUGAAGAAAAUGAAUAAAAACAUAAAUAAAAUUAAGCUUAGGGCGAGAAAAGUAUACAUGAAUAAAUGAGAAAAUGUAUGAAUUGAUAAACCACAGGAAAAGAGAGAAAAAAAGCAAAAAAUUAUUCAUAGAUUAGGGAGAGACAAAUGGACAACAAUAAACAAAUAGAAAAAAAUAAAUUAACUUAAAAAAAUAAAUACACAAAAAAACACAAAAACACAUACAUACAUGCACACAAACAUACACAACUACAAAGAUAAACAUAAAUAGAUAAGAAAUAAAAUACAAACAUAUAUUUUAUUCCCGAACUUUUCUAAGACAGAGAAGAAACAACUUUUUUUUUUAACUUUUUUCAGGAACGAUUUUUAUUUAUUUUUUUUUCCUGUACCUUCUUUUGUUAUUGAUUAUUUUUUCCCCAGCACAUGAACUCUUGUUAGACGAGGCACGCUUUCUGCUCCUUUUUUGUUUCCUUAUUAACCAACCAACAUGACAUGGGAAGAGAGAGAGAGAGGGAGAGAGUCAGUUUUUGUAUAAGUAUUUUUUAGUAUGGAAGCAAAAACAAAUAAUAGGACAAAAUAGUACGUGCUUUACUGUGUGUCUGUGUGUGUAUUUGAGAAUCUGUCUGUAUAUUUGUUUUCCUUUUUUCCUUUUUUUUCUUCUUCUUACUUUAUCUUCUACUUUUUUCACUUUUAUUCUGUUUUUUUUUCGAAGUUUGUAUGUGCAUGUGUGUGUUUAUUUGUUUGUUUUGUAUUUUGAUAAACUGUCUUCCUUACUUUCUUCCUUUUCUUUAUAUUUCUUACUUUCUUGUCUGUCUAUCUCUUUUUUCCCAAUUUUUGUAAAUGUGCAUGUGAUUUUUUUUUCUCUCGUCGUUUAUUUCGUCUUGUCUCUUGUUUUAUCAUUCUUUCUUUCACUCUUCCUUUAUUUGUCUGUUCCUUGCAUAUUCAGACAUUAUUAUUAUCAUUAUUAUUAUUAUUAUUAUUAUUAUUAUUAUUAUUAUCUCUACUAUUACUUUUUUUACGUCUAUUUUAACGUCUCUUUAUGGAGGUUGUUUUAAUGCAUUAUGGUGAUAUUUCCUUUAGGUUUUGUCUGUUUCUCCUUUUAUUCCCUUUUCUUACCUUUUUCUUCUUGCUAUACCGUUUCCAGUUCCUAUUUAUCUUCACUUCUUCAAUCUGUGUUAUUAUUAUUAUUUAUGUAUAUCGAUAGUACGUGUUCUUCUAUUAUUAUUAUUAUUAUUAUUAUUAUUAUUAUUAUUAUUAUUAUUAUUAUUAUUAUUACCAGUAUCGUUUCUCCAUCUCACGUUCAACAGACAUGGGAGAGAAUAGCACUUUUUUUCCACCCCUUACCUUCGCACCUCUGUACAUGAUCCAGAUGGUUGAUAUACCCUCGAGUGCAAGCCUGAAUUUGGCCCUUAGGAACGCAUUACAUUAUUAUUAAUAUAGUCAGCGUGUGAACAAAGGGCUAAAAGAAAAAAAACAAAAAAACUGCUUCAUUAAAACCUCUUGUUUCCUUUUUUUUCGUAUUUUUAUAUAUAUGUAUAAUGGAGAAAUAAUUACUGUAUACAUAACGUUAUUUUGAGGAGAGAACCUUUUUUUAUUUGUCUUUGAGUGCUUUUUAUAUGUUAUUUAGGUACUAUAAUUGUUAAGUCGCGUCUGAGAGCCAGUCAUACAUACAUACAUACACACAAACCUUCCCUUCCUUAACCCCCUCCUCAUCCUCCUCCCCACAACUUAUUUUUUUUCUGUAAGAUGGAAAGAAUGAUUGGAAAGUGGAGGGCCUAUUUUGAUAUUAGCAUGUAUACUGUACCGUGUGACUUCAUCUGUAUGUGGAGUGUUUGUAUAACCUCUGAAUUUCAACUCUGCACCAGAAAAUGAGCCAGUUGAAGAAAAGAGACAGAGAAAAGAAGCUCACAUGAAAACCCAAAAGGAAAGAAAAAGGAAAUAUUACGCCAGAUUGUUUCCUCUUUUGUGAGUUAUGGAAAAAAAAAAGGAGAGAAAUUCAAAACGAAGAUAAAUGAUUCUGGAGUUAUGACAAAGACUUAAGCUCAUUGCGAGAUUUGAGGAGUGACAGAAGUUAAACAUGAAAGGUGAACAUGAUGAAGGAACAAGAGUGAAUGAAUGUGCUAAAACAGGUGAUAUAGAACAGGAAAAAAAAAUAUACGAGAUAAUGAAAAUGAGGUGAUAUAAAUUAGAAAAGCAAGACAAAAAAGCUGAGAAAUCGAAACAAGAGCAGAAAAAAGAGAGAAUACAUAAAAUGAAUACUGUAAAAAAUAGAAACGAUAAGAAAAGUCGUAAAUUUUAGAAGAUAAGAACACAAAGAAAGCUACAAAGAGUCUUUAGGUCUACACGUGGCAGUGAUGCCUAAGAAGAAGAAGGGGUAGAAGGUUGAAAUACUUGUUAGUUAUUGCAUGGAGCGGAGAUAGAUAGAUAAGCAAAUGUAUUAUCAGUAAACUCAAUCCCCCAGCACAGUUUCAAUUUCCGCCGUAACACAAGAGAGAGAUAAAUACUAUGUUAAUGUUACGCAGGCAUUGAAACUGUUACCUCAAGCUGGCCAAGUGAGUUAAUCAGGAAAAAAAAGGAUUUGCAUUAUUUUUUUUCCUCCCUGCCCACCACCUACCCGCCUUUGUACAACACUCUCCGUUGCCUGUACGAUAAUUACCAGAUUUUUUUUGUUUACUUAGAUUCUGAUUUAUAUUUUUCUCCGUCUUGACGUCUGUGGCCAAGAACAUUGACACCAAAGCAUAUUAUGAACUUUUCUCCUUUAAAAUGUUUAUUAAUAUAGAGUUAAUAAUGUAUAAUAAUAAUAAUAUUUUUGUUGCUCCUUUAUAUCAACCAGUGAAUCAUUAUUAUUAUUCUUUUUGUAUGUCUCCUUUUAGAUACGAUUAAUAUAGACAUGUUUACACCUCAGGAAUCUGUAAAUUAAGGAAGAGCAAAUCCCAAGAGUACUUUUUUGUUUUAUUUUUGUUUUUGUUUUGUUUUUGUAUUUAUGUUUUUUUUUUAAUGAUAUCUACAUUACUACAACUUGCUCUCUCACUUUCUCUCUCUGUAUCUCUGUCUCCUGCGUCAGUAUAUAGUGCCGGACAGACUGACUCACGGACCAGUCAGUCGGCGCCACCAGUCAUUGAUCUAGUUGUAUAAAUAAAUGUUGUAUAAUGAAACACACA